GUUGAGAUUACGUGGAAAUAUUCCUUGGUCGCUUGCAUGAAAAUCCGGCAUAAGAAAUUACGGUACACAGCGACAUAUUUGUUGGAGUAGAAUCGUUUAGAGGUAACCUGACAUUACAGAGGAACAGAGAUAGAUAAACAAGAGAAUGGAAGAGGAAACGAUAGAUAUCAUAGAAAAGGAGGAAUGUGAGAAUGAAGCUGGAGAAAUAGAACCAUUGAUCAAUCUUGAUCCUGGACUGACGUACAAUGAAUUCUUUUGGAAAUGUUUACGCGCUAACAGACCAUGUUUAUUUCGUUCGGGUCUCAUGGAAAACUGGCCAUCGAAGAAACGAUGGAGGAUGCCUGAAAAUGCGCCAAAUUUUGAAUUACUCAGAGAACUAUUCGGUACGUCUUCGGCAAUUGUUGUUGACUGCACCAAAACGAUACAGUUGAUGGAUUCUGGGAAAGCAAAGACCAUGAAUAUCAAUGACUAUUUGGACUAUUGGAUUGACUAUCGAAGAAGUGGCUACUCAAAGGAUAUGCCACUUUUAUAUUUAAAGGAUUGGCAUUGUAUGAUUGAAAAUCCGAACGUGCCUGUUUAUGAAAUACCGAAAUACUUUGCUUCUGACUGGGUCAAUGAGUAUUAUGUUUCCUCUUCGUCCACGUUUGGCGAUUAUAAAUUCGUUUAUAUGGGACCAAAAGGCUCAGGGACAGCCUUUCAUAUGGACGUUUUUGGAUCAUAUAGUUGGUCGGCGAAUAUCGUUGGCAAAAAACUUUGGCACAUAUUUCCACCAGGAGAAGAAACCCGUCUACCCAAUGCCGAUGGGUACUUCUUGUAUGACUCUAGUACAGAUGAAGAAGACACUCUCUCUAGGAUUCCUACAUAUCAAAAACAUGAUUUAAGCUCCAUAAAGCGGUACGAGAUUAUACAGGAAGCUGGGGAGAUUGUAUUCAUACCGUCCGGGUGGUAUCAUCAAGUUUGGAAUUUGGAGGAUACAAUAUCACUCAGUCACAACUGGAUUAAUUCCUGCAACAUUUGGAUGGUUUGGCUGGGUUUGAAAAAAGAGAUGGCAGCGGUAAGGAUGACCAUCCUUGAGUUUGUCGAUGAUUGGACGGAUAUAGAGCGUGCACUUAAAUUCUCACACGGAAUGAAUUAUCAUGAAUUUUGGCGAUUCCUUUUGUACAUUGCUGAGAUCCGAUUAUCACACCUAAGAAUUUCCGUAAGUUUAACAUUCUUCCAGAAGUGGAAACUUGGCAGAAACCAUUGCCUUUUCGAUCUUUGUCAAAUAAAAAGGGUGCUCGAAGAUCUUUUACAUGAUGCAAUGGACACGUCUAUGUACCCUCACGUCUUUGAGCCGGAUAAGCCCGAAAAUUUAUUACAUAGAAUUAAUGAAGUAUUGUAAUAUAAAAUGUUGCAGUUGUUAAUGGCAAUAUAAAGAGAUUGUUAUUUUAUAAAUAAGACCAAUUUAUUUGUCUCUAGUUAUAACAAUUUUCUCAUAAUUUACAUCAUAUUAAAAUCUUCGCUCUCUUAUUUAUUUUCGCCAAAUUAUAAUUACAAAUUUGUAUGUAAUUGUGUGUUAUCCGCUGUCGUUAAACGCCAGAUAUUGUUAUUUCUUUAUCAAAGACUUCAAAUAAAUUGUGCAAUCUUGCUAGCGACCGUGCUAA